UUCAUAACAGGGAGAGAACCUCCACCCUGGGCAGAAGACCUUCAUACUAAGGAGAGAACAUCCAUACUGGGCAGAAGACCUCCAUACUAGGGAGAGGACCUCCAUCCUGGGCAGGGGACCUCCAUCCUGAGCAGAAGACCUUCAUACUAGGGAGAGAACCUCCAUCCUGGGCAGAGGACCUCCAUCCUGGGGCAGAUAGUUCUACAGGACCUAAAACAAAUGUAUGGGAUUGCUGAGUUCUUGUCCCCCCUGCUCCUGAGCACAGUGUACGGAAGAUUUAGAGCCUGGAUGAGACGGUGAAAGAUGAAGCUUUCAGUAUUCUUAACCAUUCUGAUCUGCACUGCUGUAAAGGCUGAUGUAAAACUGGUAUCAAAAAGGAACUCAGCUGACGGCUGCAUCGACUGGUCAGUGGAUCUCAACACCUACAUGUCACUGGCGGGAGAACCUGUGCGAGUAAAAUGUGCCCUCUUUUACAGUUAUAUCAGGACUAACUACACCAUGGCUCAAAGUGCAGGACUCAGGCUUAUGUGGUAUAAAACCAAAGGAGACUUGGAAGAACCUAUUUUAUUUUCAGUGGCUAGAAUGAGCAAAGAUGAUGACUCGUUGUGGAUCCAUUCAGCUGAAGUACAGGACAGUGGAUUCUACACAUGUGUCUUAAGAAAUUCCACAUACUGCAUGAAGGUGUCUAUGUCCUUAACUGUGGCAGAACAAGAGGUGGGACUUUGUUACAACAGCAGAAUACGGUAUGUGGAGAAGGCAGAAGUCACAAAAACUAAAGUGAUCUCAUGCCCCGAUAUUGAUGACUACAAAACACCAAAUGCAAGCACAGAUGUUGCAUGGUAUAAGGAAUGUAAGCCAAAGAAAUGGAGAAGCUUGAUUAUACAGAAAGCAAACAGUCUUUUUUUACAAGACGUUCAAAAAGACGAUAUGGGGAAUUAUACUUGUGAAGUUAAGUUUGAAGGCAAGCCGAUCAGACGAACUGUUCAAUUAAAGGUAACAGCUUUACUCACAGCGAAGCCUCCUAAACCAUUGUUCCCUGUGGAGAACCAGCCAAGUGUUAUAGAUGUCCAGCUGGGCAGCCCACUCAGCGUAUUCUGUAGAGCUUUCUUUGGAUUUAGUGGAGAGUCUGGCCCCAUGAUCUACUGGAUGAGAGGAGAGAAAUUUAUCGAGGAACUGGAGAAUCACAUCAAAGAAGGUGUAAUCAGGUUACUCAGAGAGCACCUUGGAGAGAAGGAGGUAGAACUAGCACUAACAUUUGAUGCAGUACAAGAAGCAGAUCUGGGUAAUUACACCUGUCAUGUAGAAAAUCGAAAUGGUCGCAGACAUGCCAGCAUCAUCCUGAGGAAGAAAGAGUUAAGAUACAACAUUGAGCUUGCUGGAGGUCUGGGUGCUAUCUUUAUCGUAUUCGUUUUUCUGGUCAUAAUCUAUAAAUGCUACAAUGUAGAAUUAAUGCUCUUCUACAGACAGAACUUUGGAAGUGAUGAAGCUGCUGAAGACAACAAAGAAUAUGAUGCAUAUCUUUCAUAUACCAAAGUGGAUCCAGACUCUUUAGAUCAUGAAAGCAAAGAGGAAGAACAGUUUGCACUAGAGAUACUUCCAGAUAUCCUGGAAAAGCACUACGGAUACAAACUCUUUGUUCCAGACAGAGAUAUGAUCCCCAGUGGAACAUAUAUGGAAGACCUUGCCCGGUGUGUGGAGCAGAGUAGAAGGUUAAUUAUCGUGCUAACACCAGAUUAUGUCAUCAGAAGAGGAUGGAGCAUUUUUGUGCUGGACAGCAGACUCCAUAACAUGCUGACCAGUGGUGAAAUCAAAGUCAUAAUAAUAGAAUGCACCAACCUGAGAGGAAAAGUGAACUAUCAAGAGGUGGAAUCCCUAAAACAUGCCAUCAAACAUCAGUCACUUAUAAAGUGGGAUGGUCCAAAAAGCAGCAAACUCAAUUCAAAAUUUUGGAAGCGCUUAGUCUAUGAAAUGCCUACAAAAAAGAAAGAAGUGCUAUCUAGGCAGCAUGUUAUGGAUAGCGGAGAGCGAAGUCUUUUUGGAGACCUGCAAACUGUACCCUCCAUUGCCAUAACAGGGACAUCUAGCACGCUGGCACCAUCUCAAGAAAUGACAGGUUACCAUCAUGCAGAGGCCAUGCAAAUGAGACAUUUCUGCAGGGCUUAUGAGAAACCAGCUCCGCCCUUGUCCGUAGCGCCGCUAGGCAGUCACCAUACAUAUUGCAACAUACCAUUAACGAUGCUCAAUGGACAGCUGAGCCACAACAACAUGGGCAAAGACCCGCAGGAGUACCACGGCAACAAUACUCUUAUACCAAUCACUUCAAGAGAGCUUGGAAUUUCCAGUGAUAUCUGGUAGUACAACAUAAGACGUAGACCUGUUUUUUUGUUUUGUUUUGUUUUUUGCUGCUGUUCAAGCUCUCUGAAGUUUUAAAGAACCUUAAAUCCAUGCCACAGGAGUGCCAAAACAUGCUUUUAAGCAGUGGCACAUUUACUCCGUUUUCUACUGGAACAAUUUGUUUACAACAACAAAAAUAUUGAUAUAUCUACUAUUUCUUUUUUAGUUUCAACAUAGAUAUAAGAACUACAGUGUAAAUGUUUUCUUGCGGUGUCAGGCAAAACAAAAACACAUUAUAAAUAUUUUAGAUUAGACGUCGCAAUCUGACGGACUUAAAUACAAUAUUCGAAGACAUGAGUAUUUCUAUAUAUUUCAAAGAAAAUUUCAGUACAUUUGAAACAAAUAAAAAAACAAAAAAAAAACCUUAAAUAUAGUUACUUUUUAGACUUCUAAUUAUGCAAUUAUCAUAGCACAUUCUGAAAGCAUUUCUUAUUUUUGAAGAAGGGAUUGUGGUAAGGUUUGGUGGGCCCUAUCUGAACCUGUCACAUGGCCAUGAUUUUCAGCCAAUAAAAAUGCACAACAAAUUCUACAUAUUGGUGAAAUCUUUCAGUGCUAGAGAAAUAUAUAGUGGUAAGUCUCUGGCUGUGAGGGGGAUAUUUUUUGCACACCAGGCUGUUUUAUGUCAUUUAAGCACAACAUUGUCAUCAUUGUUUACAUACUGGAAGCAUGAUUUUUUUCUUUCUUUUUCUUUUUAAAAUAGUUUAUUACCAGUAUGAAUCACCGUUGAAAAACACAUUUUAAGAGGUGCAAUUUAAUAAGAUCUCCUGGGCAAGAAUUAUAAAUGGAAAUACUAUAUAUGUCGCUGGCUGAUGCAUCACUCACUAGAUAUUAGAGGCAAACUAAAUUCAGAGCUAGAAGUUCAGUUAAAGCUAAUCUCUACCUCUUUUUCACUUAGGAUAGAGUGGAGAUGGAUUCUGGCUUCCGUCAGGUUAUAUGUCCUAGUGACACUUUGUUAUGUCCUGAUGUACAGGGUGUCACUAGGACAAGAAGUAAACCCAAAAAUACAACUUGUGGGACACAGACUGAAGUAUAAACCCAAAACAGGUACUAACCGAUAUUUCACCAUAUGCCCUGUAUUCAUGACAGAGGGUCAUGAAUACAGGGUCUUCAACAGGGACUUACUAUAUCAAAUACGUAAAAGAAUAAAAAAAAAAAAAAACGUUUUGGCUAGAAGUGACUUAUUUAGCUCUGGUAUUUCAGAAGGCACAUUGGGCUCUCCUUUGCAAUCUUGGUGCGAGUGAGACCUAUAAAAGUGUGGCUACACAAAAGAUAGAGCAAUUUACAUCUAUGUUACUGAACGUCACUGUGCUAUUUAUGAAAACAUGAAAACAUCACUUUCCUAGCCUGCAAUAAAGUAUAUAUAAUAUUCCUCCAUUUUUUGUCUCACACAGUUGUACGGGCGCCUCUGUUAUAUUGAAAAUACUUACUCUGGUUUUAUUGCACACUGUUAACAUCUCACAUUGUGCAUUAGAAGCUGCAGUAAGUCAGAAAGGCAGUCCUUCUAUAUUUCCUGGCUGGAGGACAUGCAGCAUUAUCUAGUUCUUUCCUUCCCAGGCCAAUCUGCCCUUAACCCACCUGUUUCAUUUAUUAUAUUUAUGUUCUUGCAUUCAUGGAGGCUCAGCAUUACAUGUGGGAAUUAUCGGAGCUUUCUGUUUUCCAGGAAGCUAUGUAUAGCACCCUACUGACUACUAGGGAUGAGCUUCGAGUUAGAGUCGAACUCAUGUUCGAUUCGAACAU